CUUCCCACGAUGGAAAAGGAACUGGGAAAGCCUUACAGGGCGUAAGAAUACGUCGGAGUUACACGUCGCCACUAGCAGGUGCACAGCAUUGGGAAGUCUUACGUCCGAGGCGAGAGAUGGCAUAGCAUAUGGCGUUUUCUCUUUAAAACUAUAGGGGAAAAACGAAAAGGCACGUCCUCCAGAAACCUUAGCGUGCGUUCGCUAGAAUAAUGUCACGAGUGGCUAUCAGCUGACUUGUUUACUCCCAGGUGUCCCACCAUAUUGAACUCAAUCAGCAAAAUGUCAGGUACCUACACACCAGCUCCUGGUGGGCCAUUCUCGGCUCUUACCCCAAGCAUGUGGCCCCAGGACAUUUUGGCCAAGUACCAUCAAAAAGACUCUUCACAGCAGCCUGAACUCCAGUAUGAUGAAUUUGGCUUUAGGGUGGACACAGAGGAUGGUGGGGAGCCUAAGUCUUGGCUGGGCACUGAGGGCUCGCCCCAGCGUGAAGACCCCCAGCAGCGACUGCGUUGGCAAGCCCACCUGGAGUUCACCCAUAACCACACAGUAGGUGACCUGACCUGGGAUCUUAUUGAUCCUGUCCUUCCACGCUCUGAGCGUUUGCAUUCCUUGGUGCUAGGAGGAAUACCUCAUAGUAUGAGACCACAGCUUUGGAUGCGUCUGUCUGGAGCCCUUCAAAAGAAGAGGACCUCUGAGAUCUCUUACAGAGAAAUCAUCAAGAACAGCUCUAAUGAUGACACCACAGUUGCUAAACAGAUAGAGAAGGACUUGUUACGGACUAUGCCAACCAAUGCGUGUUUCAAUAGUCUGACCAGUGUUGGAGUGCCAAGGCUGAGACGUGUACUGAGAAGCCUAGCAUGGCUCUACCCUGACAUUGGGUACUGUCAGGGAACUGGCAUGGUUGUUUCCUGCCUGUUGCUCUUUCUCGAGGAGGAGGAUGCACUAUGGAUGAUGUGCGCCCUGAUCGAAGAUCUUCUUCCUCCAUCUUACUUUUCCUCCACUCUGCUGGGCGUUCAAACGGAUCAGAGAGUUCUCCGCCAACUUAUUGUUCAGUACCUGCCGGCCCUUGACCGCCUUUUGCAGGAGCAUGACAUAGAGUUGUCACUGAUCACACUGCACUGGUUCCUGACAUCAUUUGCCAGUGUGGUGGAUAUCCGUCUGCUCCUAAGAAUCUGGGAUCUGCUCUUCUAUGAAGGGUCACUUGUGCUUUUCCAGGUGACACUGGGCAUGCUCAAGAUUAAGGAGGAGGAACUUGUGUCAUCAGAGAACUCUGCAUCCAUUUUUAAUACUCUUUCGGAUUUGCCGAGCCAGCUGAGAGACGCACCUGCAGUUCUAGGGGAGGCUAUGAGGCUAGCAGGGACACUCUCCCAAGAAACUCUGGAAGCUCACAGACACAAGCACCUAGCCUACAUCCUAAAUGAACAGGCACAGCUCAGCAAUGGCAACAACACAACACUCAACACCAAUCUCAACAAGGUGGUGAGGAGGCAGUCGCUGCGCAGGAAAUCCACCCUGACCUCCCUGCUUUUUGGGGAGGAUGAAGCAGAAGCUCUGAAGUCAAAGAACAUAAAGCAGACUGAGUUGGUGGCCUCCUUGCGAGAGGCCAUAUCCCGCAUUGCAGAGCACUUCCAUUGUCUGGAUCCACGCCACUCCAGCACUGAUCUGACUCCAGACUACUCCAUGGAGAGUCAUCAGCGGGAUCAUGAAAACUUUCUUGUAGUAUCUCGCAACCGACGGAGACGGGCAAAGGCUUUGCUAGACUUUGAACGUCAUGAUGAUGAUGAACUGGGCUUUAGAAAGAAUGACAUCAUCACUAUUAUUUCGCAAAAGGACGAACAUUGCUGGGUUGGUGAACUCAACAGCCUUAGAGGCUGGUUUCCAGCAAAGUUUGUUGAGAUUCUUGAUGAAAGGAGCAAGGAGUACUCACUAGCAGGUGACGACUCUGUGACAGAGGCAGUGACAGACCUGGCCAGAGGGACUCUAUGUCCAGCUCUGAAGGCUAUCUUUCAGCAUGGUCUGAAGAAGCCAUCUAUACUUGGAGGGCCAUGUCACCCGUGGUUGUUCAUAGAGGAAGCGGCCAGCAGGGAGGUAGAGAGGGACUUCAAUUCUGUUUACUCAAGGCUAGUCCUGUGUAAAACCUACAGGUUAGAUGAAGAUGGAAAAGUACUAACGCCAGAGGAGCUGCUUUACAGAGCAGUGCAGUCAGUCAACAUGAGCCAUGAUGCAGCACAUGCCCAAAUGGAUGUCAAGUUUAGGUCUCUUGUGUGUGUUGGCCUGAAUGAGCAGGUGCUGCACUUAUGGUUGGAGGUGUUGUGCUCCAGCAUGGCGGCUGUAGAAAAAUGGUAUCACCCAUGGUCAUUCCUUCGUAGCCCCGGAUGGGUUCAAAUCAAGUGUGAGCUCAGGGUUCUGUCAAAGUUUGCCUUCAGUCUCUCCCAAGAUUGUGAGCUUCCCGACAAAAAAGAGGAAAAGGAGCAGAAGCCACUGAAAGAGGGAGUGCAGGAUAUGUUGGUGAAACAUCACCUGUUCAGCUGGGACAUUGACGGAUAAAUGUGCAGCAAAAAUGGCUGAAACCUACGACUUGGUCUCAAAGUCAUAGCUUAGCCUUUUUUUUUUUUUUUUUUUGUUCUUUAAAUGUUAAAAAAAAGUGCAGAGACAAGAAAUAUAGACACUACUGUCAGCCUGCUAAAAGAAGUGACUACUUCACCAACCGGUUCACCCUCUCAUCCUGUGUCAGUUUUGGACAAUGGUAACACCCAAAUGACUGAAACUCAACUGGCUCGUGUUGGCUGAAGCAUGUGCACAUCAUUGUACAUAAUUUAAACUGAUCAAUACCCAGUACUGGAGGAUUCACUGCAAGGUUUAAAAUGCAUAUAUAUCUAUGUAAACAUCUUACACACUCCUGCCAUAGAAAGAGUUUGUACAUCUAGGACAGACUAUGACUUACAUAUGACUGAACAGCAUUUUUUUUCAGUACCUGCAGCUCAUGGUGCAUGAGUGGGUGAGAAAUACAAUCUAUUCUUUUGUUCUGCUCAUAAUGUUGCCAUGACGAACACAAGUUUUUGUAACAUUAUCCUAAAUUCCAUUCCAUUAAGGCCAAACUAGAACAUUACUAAACACAAAGCUGUAAAGUUACAAACUAUUUUCAAGUGGAAUGUAUUUUACCUCAGUGUCACAAAUUCCACAAAAUACUUCAUUAAAUGUUGCACAUGCCAAGUAAAGCCUUGUGAAGUUGUGAUAUAAAACUAUGGGUAUGUGUGCUACCUAAGCAGUGGUAGUAAAACGUCUGUCUUGUAUAAUAUAAUGUACAUGAAGCAGAUAAUUUGUGUUACACCUAUAUAUGUAUAAAAAAUAACUACACAUACAAGUCUAUACUUUGUAAUGUUUUUUUGUAUAUGCUUGUGACUAUAUGUACCAUUAAGGCAAUUCAAACAUAGGACUUUUUAUCUGUAUUUUACAUACAGCUUUACAGACUGAUCUCUAGCUUUGACAUAAACAUCCAGAAAUAAACUAUAUCAAGUUCA